AUGGAGGAUGAAAAUCGUCGGUCAAAACAUUCCCCCAACGCAGUCCUGCAGCCAAGUUUGAAACGACAAACGGCUAUUCCCGGCAUCACCGAAGAUGAUUUUGAAAUUGACAUUAAAGAUUUUGAUAUCUUACCGCGCAUUAAAGAAAACAACCUAACAGAAGAAACAACCACGAGAUCUUCCGAAAUCACGGAAAAAAACUCCACAAGGAAAAAGCCGAAAAGAGAAAAGAUUUCGUUAGAUGACGAUGUUUCAUCAGCAACUGUUUUCCUAAUAUGUGGAGGUUUUAUCAUUACUAUACUGGUGAUGAUUGCGCUGAUAUUAGUCAUAAAAAUCCGUGUGGUAUCCAAAAAGAAACAGUUACUUUUUAAACCAGUGAUCAGAAGGCGUCGUAAAACUCCCUCAAAAAGACGCACGAAAAAGAAAUCAGAAGAGAUUGGCGAAAAGAAAGAGAGGAAACUAGACGAAAUGACCUUCCGUCUUGAUAGGUUAAGUAGUGACCUAGAUGAUGCAUAUAAAGAAGCUUUAUCAGAAAGCAUUCACGAGGUUUCUGCAUAA